AUGGCAUUCGUCUACAAACGCGACGGUCGCCGCGAAAAAGUUGCUUUUGACAAGAUCACGGCCCGGAUAAACAAACUGUGCUACGGCCUUGACAAUGUCCACGUUGAGCCCAUCGAGAUAACCAAAAAGGUCAUCAAUGGGGUCUUCAAUGGGGUUACUACGGUUGAACUCGACAAUCUGGCAGCAGAAACUGCUGCGUACAUGACCACCCGUCAUCCGGAUUAUGCCGUCUUAGCUGCAAGGAUUGCAAUCAGUAAUCUUCACAAAGAAACCAAGAAGCUCUUCAGUCAAGUUAUCGAAGAUCUUUACACUUAUGUAAACCCGAUCAAUGGUCGACCUUCUUCUAUGAUAUCUCAAGAAACUUACGAAGCCGUCCAGGCUAAUGCCGAAGCACUUAAUAGUGCGGUGAUCUAUGACCGCGACUUUAACUAUAACUACUUUGGCUUCAAGACCCUUGAGCGGUCCUACCUCCUUCGGAUCAAAGGUAAAGUUGCCGAACGACCCCAGCACAUGCUCAUGAGAGUAGCAGUUGGUAUCCACGGCAUGGAUGUCGAAAAAGCAAUCAAGACGUACAAUUUGAUGUCAGAGAAAUACUUUACACACGCAUCACCGACGCUUUUCAAUGCCGGAACGCCCCAUCCUCAACUAUCCUCUUGUUUCUUGGUCGCCAGCAAAUCGGACUCGAUUGACGGGAUUUACGAUACCUUGAAGACCUGUGCCAUGAUCUCAAAGAGUGCGGGCGGAAUCGGACUCCACAUUAACAACAUUCGUGCGACUGGUAGUUAUAUUUCUGGUACAAAUGGCUACUCCAAUGGUAUUGUACCCAUGCUCCGAGUGUUCAACAACACGGCGCGAUAUGUCGACCAAGGUGGCAACAAGAGGCCUGGUGCCUUUGCAAUCUAUCUUGAGCCUUGGCACGCGGAUGUGUUUGACUGGUUGGACCUCAGGAAAAAUCACGGGAAGGAAGAAAGUAGAGCUCGGGACCUCUUUUAUGCACUUUGGAUUCCUGAUCUUUUUAUGUCCCGAGUUGAGAAAAACGGAGAUUGGCCAUUAUUUUGUCCUGCUGAAGCUCCCGGCUUGGCGGAUGUUUAUGGUGAAGAAUUCGAAGAGCUUUUUGCAAAGUACGAGAAAGAAAACCGGGCUAAGAAGGUCGUCAAAGCCCAAAAGCUUUGGUACGCGAUUUUGGAAGCUCAAACAGAGACUGGUAACCCUUUCAUGUUAUACAAAGAUGCUGCCAAUAAAAAAUCGAACCAGAAGAACCUUGGAACGAUCAAAUCGUCCAACCUUUGCACCGAGAUAAUCGAAUACUCUGCCCCCGACGAAGUGGCUGUUUGCAACUUAGCCUCCAUCGCCUUGCCCACUUACAUCGUUGAUGGCAAAUACGACUUCCACAAACUUCAUGAGGUCACCAAGGAGGUCACGUACAAUCUGAAUAAAAUCAUCGAUGUCAAUUACUACCCGGUGCCGGAGGCGAAGAAGUCGAACAUGAGACACCGUCCGAUAGGUAUCGGAGUACAAGGACUCGCGGAUGCCUUCCAAAUCCUCAAGCUACCCUUCGAAUCACCAGAAGCCAAAAAGCUCAAUACUCAAAUCUUCGAAACUCUCUAUCACGCAUCGUUAGAGGCCUCCAACGAGUUGGCGAUCAAAGAGGGCCCUUAUGAGACCUUCCCCGGCUCUCCCGCAAGUCAAGGGAUUCUCCAAUUCGACAUGUGGAAUGUGAAGCCUUCAGAUUUGUGGGAGUGGGAUAGCUUGAAAGAAAAGGUUAAGUCCACCGGUAUCAGGAACUCUCUUCUACUCGCGCCCAUGCCGACUGCCUCGACGAGCCAAAUCUUGGGCUUUAACGAGUGCUUUGAACCUUACACCUCGAAUAUUUACACAAGGAGAGUGUUAGCGGGAGAAUUCCAGAUCGUUAACCCAUGGUUGCUGAAAGAGCUCGUUGAGAUGGGACUGUGGGACGACGAGAUGAAAAACAGGAUCAUCGCUCAUCAAGGGUCGAUCCAAAAUAUUCCCAACAUUCCUGUCGAGAUGAAGGCCGUCUACAAAACUGUUUGGGAAAUCAGUCAAAAGGUUAUCCUCGACAUGGCUGCAGAUCGAGGAGCGUUCAUUGACCAAUCCCAGUCGCUCAACAUCCAUCUGCAAGCCCCAACCUUCGGACAGCUAACAUCAAUGCACUUCUACGCUUGGAAGAAAGGCUUGAAGACAGGAAUGUACUAUCUUCGGACCCGAGCUGCUGCCAACGCGAUUCAAUUCACGGUAGAUAAGAAGCUGCAGGAUGAAGCCAAGGCGGCUAACAAGGCUGCGACGCUGGUUAGCUCGAGUGGCAGUCUGCUCCCGCCUUCGGGAUCGACUAAGAGCUUGAAACCGUUGAACGACAUCUCGAACACCAAACCUAUCGCCCCGGCUUCCGGCCCAACCGAUGCCCCGCCAAACUCAGCGGCCGCGAGACCCGUCGGCGGUAUCUCUCCCACCGGAGUAAGCUCGACUAAAUCGGCUGACGAGGGCCCGGUUAGCUUCGAGGAAGCUAAGAGAAGGGCAGAGGAACGAGAAUUAGAACAAGCUAAAUUGAUGUGCUCCUUGGAGAAUCCGGGCGCUUGUACAAUGUGCAGUGGAUAG